UUCAAAUUUGUUUUUAAUUUGAAAAAAAAACUACUUCAAUUUUUUAUGGGACACCAAAUUAGUUCAAAUGAAUGAUUUAAAGAAUAUUUGCCGAAUUUGUUUUUUGCAUCCUAAGAAUGGGUCACUUUCGCCCGUAAAUGGUAAUUUUAUUCAGGAAAUGCUAUCACGAGCAGGCAUAAUGCUAAGUCACCCAGCUAAUUGCCAAUGGCCGGAAAGUGUCUGCAGUGAAUGUGUUGUUCUGAUAAGCGCAGCUUCUAGGCUUCGUAUGCUGUGCCAACAAGCUGACGAGCAUCUGCAAUUAAUGGAGAAAGCAGCCAUUGACAAUGCUAACGUGGAGGAUCAGUUGCAGGAACUAAAGAAAGACGAUGACAAACCGCCAAUGAUAGUCCUGAAUGGCAAAUGUGUGAACAUGAAAUUAAGCGGAGAGGAAAGGGGAAUCUAUAAAAUUAACUUGAAAAUGUCGAAGCCUACCCCAGAGGAAUCUUUUGAUUUUAUAUCAAUUUCCCCAUCAAACUCUUCAACUCCACUAACUUCUGACUGCUUUAAAUGUGAUAUUUGCAACAAUGUCUAUACAGAGAGGGUGAAAUUCACGGCCCAUCUAAAGAUACAUAGCCAGGACAAGCCCCACGAAUGCGAAAUCUGUCAUAAGCGAUUCCGCCAAACGCCGCAGCUAACACGGCACAUGAACUCGCACACGGGUCAAAGACCCUAUAAAUGCAAUUAUUGUGAUUCCAGUUUUGGUGACCCAUCGACACGCUAUAAGCAUCAAAGAAUCCAUACUAACGAGCGACCUUAUAAAUGCAUUUAUUGUGAUAAAUCGUUUAACUAUUCAAAUGUCUUAGAUGUCCAUCUUAAAACCCAUACAGGGGAGCGUCCAUAUAGCUGUGGCUAUUGUGGUCAAAGAUUUUCACAACUGCAUCAUAAGAAUUCCCAUGAAAAGGGUCAUUUCGAUAACAAGCCAGGUUGUUUUGAAGAAUGAACGUUUAAAUAAACAUUCAUCAUAUUGGCGUCUAGCUAAAUAUAAUUAAGAAUUUUAUUAUUGUUGAGAUUUAGUCAAAUUAUAUGCCGUAAAUAGACUGACAAAGAUCAGCUAUAAGUGAAGAAUCUUAAGCUAAUAAAACAAAUUUUUCUAUUCAUCUUAAA